AUGGCGGAUCCAUUUGAUGUUCGUAUGCGAUUCAGCUUGCAGUUGCAGCGUCUGAAUGCCUCUGUGGUUUCUGCUCAAAAGGCUGCCCAGUAUGCCUUGAAAUACAAAGAAAUGGAUGAGGAUUUGCACUCCUGCAUCCUCGAACAAGUCGAACGGAAUAACAUGAAUACCCGCGCAAAUAUCAUGUAUUUUAUCGAACAUUUUCUAGACUUGGCGCAAGACGAGCAUGGUGAAUACGUUCGCAUGAUGCAACGCGAUAUUAUUCGAGUGGUCGAUGCCGUUGCUCCUGAUGACGGAUCUGGGGCCACGAAUGCUUUGCAGGGUCUCCAGACCAAAGGGCAUUUAGAUUCUCAAGCCGUUAGCCAGAUAGAAGACGUUCUGAAAGAACGCGAGACUAACGAGGCCGAUUUGAGUCCCGCAUCACCACCUAGCGAUGUGGGCAUGACAGAUAAAUCAGAUGCCCAGACGGCACCCAAGUCGGGAUCAAAGUCAGCACCACAUCGCCUAGAUAAACGUCAAGUCGAACAACGCAUAGAGGAAGAUAGGGAACGUCACAAGCGGCAACGGGAGAGCAUCUGGGCCAUCCCGAAGACUGAAGACGCAGAGAUGAACAAAUUGUGGGAAGAGACCAGCGAUUUCGGCGAAGACGACGACCGCCUAAUUUCCGAGGAGGCUGAUGAUUUUGCCAAAGAAAUGGAAAUGCAGCAGUGUCCCCAUAAACGCGCUGGAAAUGGAGACCACCACUAG